UGCCUAUUACGCCAGCCUCUUCCUCCCCUCGAAGGAGCCCGCAGCCAGACCAUCUUUCUUUCUUUCUUUCUUUCUUUCUUUCUUUCUCCCAAAUGGAACCCCGUUUCGAUGCAUCCUCCAGAAAUCAGCCUGGACUGGAGGAACAGGCUGCCGCCGGUUUUGCAGGAAAGAAGAAGACAGACGCUGCCCGAUGUGGGUCGGGUGCUGCUGGGAAGGCUCUCCUGGCUGGGACCCCAGAGCCCCAGCCCAUUCCCCAGCUGCCCCCACCUCCCGCCAUCAGCCUUCGCUGCCUCCUGCCCUGCCUGGCCAUCGCUUUCCCCGCCUUUCCUGACUUGCAUCUUCCACCCAACGCACUUUGCGUCUACCCGGAAAGGCUCUUUCCAAGCAGGAAGGCAGAAGAGCCGAAUCUUCCCCGCCACCUUUUAGGCCCCUCUCUAGGAAUCUGUACUCCUUCCCUUUAACCCUUGGAGUGUCUCUGCCCAGGAAGCAGCAGCAAAGGGGGAAAUCUCUCCUUCCUCCUCGUCAUCUUCGCCAGUCCGGAGAGAAGAACAGCAGAGGGAGGCAUUUGCUAAAGAGACCGGAAGCAGGCUCUCUCCUGCUGGGGGCUCUUUUCCCUCCACCUCCGCCCCCUCCCGCUCCCCCGUCCUUCCAAGCCCUUUCCAGUCUUGCCUUGCCUUCCUUCCUUCCUUCUUUCAGGUCCCUGGGAGUCCCUCUGCUGCUGCACCCCAGCCGCACUUUGAGGACCCUGGGAGGGAGCUGCUGUGCUGCGGCUGCAGAAACUACAACAUCUACCUUAACAAAGACUCAUUGUCCUGUGAGACUAAGCAGUGACUCUUCUUGCCCUGGGAAUUAAUGUAGUAUCAGAAGAAGGAGAAAUUUGGGCCAUGUUAAGAACUUGAACUGAGCUCCAAGAGAACAUGGAUUUGCAAACCCCAGCAAAUAGUGAAUUGUGGAAGGGAACAGAAAAAGAUCCUCGAGCCAUCCAGGCUGGGAGAGACAAGAAUCAGGAAAUAACCAUGCAGAGGAUCCUGGGAGACGCCACCACCAACGCAGAUUUCCAGUGCUGGAAAUUCAGGGAGUUCCUGUACCAGAAGGCUGAGGCUCCGCGAGAGGUUUGCAGCCAACUCUACAACCUUUGCUGUCAGUGGCUGAAGCCAGAGAGACACACGAAAGCUCAGAUGCUGGACCUGGUGAUCCUGGAGCAGUUCCUGACUGUCCUGCCCCCAGAGCUGGGGAGCUGGGUCAGAGAAUGUGGAGCAGAGACCAGUUCCCAGGCGGUGGCCUUAGCAGAAGGUUUCCUCCUGAGCCAGGCAGAGGAGAAGAAGCAGGAAGAGCAGCAGAUGCAAGAGAUGUUUGCCAAAGCGGUGUCUGGUUUCCCUGGGGCAGAAGAGGCUCCAUCUGACACCACCAGACAGAGUAUGAUUUUCAGGAGGAUUAUGCCGGAGGGAGAUGGAGCUGCCACUUUGAUGGGUGGUGAAAUGACCAAUAGGCUUCAUUCUAGGCCUUCUUUUUAUGACGGAGCAGAAGCUGUUGCUGGACCGUCACCAGAUCAGGGACUGGUGAGCUUUGAGGAGGUGGCUGUGUGUUUCUCCGAGGAGGAGUGGGCUCUGCUGCAUCCAGGCCAAAGGGCUCUGCACAGGGAAGUCAUGGAGGAGAAUUCCGGGCAUCUGGCCUGGCUGGGUAAUCAGAGGAAGAACAGAAAAAAGGGGGAAGCAUCAAGAAGAAAACCCAAAGAAACAGAGGAGGAGAAGAUGGCAGCUUCUGAGUGGACCGACUUCUAUGCAAUUCCAGUUCAAGAUAAGACUAGUAACAAGACUCUAAGUGGAAACACCUUAAAUAAUAAAUCACACCUUAGUGCACAUCACACCACCCAUAGAAGAGUGAAAACAUAUCAAUGCACAAUGUGUGGGAAUGGCUUCAGCGAUCAGUUGAACUUUGAUGAACACCAAAGAACCCACACAGGAAAGAAACCAUGCUUGGAGUGUGGAAAGUGCUUCAGUCACGACAAUGCCCUUGCUGGCCCCCAGUGUGUCUGCAAAGGAGAGAAACCAGAUACAUGCUCCAAGUACGGAAAGAGCUUCAGUGGCAGAGAUAAGCUUCCUUCCCAUCAAGGUUGCCACACAGGAGAGAAACCCUAUAGAUGCUCAGUGUGUGGGAAGACAUACUGUCGGAAGGAUAAACUUUCUGCCCAUCAAAGGAUCCACACAGGGGAGAAACUAUAUACGUGCUCAGAGUGUGGAAAGACUUUCAGUUGGAAGAGCCAGCUUUCUGUCCAUCAAAGAAUCCACACAGGGGAGAAACCGUAUAUGUGCUCAGAAUGUGGGAAGAGUUUCAGGCAGAAGGACAAACUUUCCGUCCAUCAAAGAACCCACCCAGCAGAGAAACCAUGCUUGGAGUGUGGAAGGAACUUCAGUCAUGACAAUGCCCUUGCUGGCCCCCAGUGUGUCUGCAAAGGAGAGAAACCAGAUACAUGCUUCAUGUACGGAAAUAGCUUCAGUGAUGGAGAUAAGCUUCCUUCCUACCAAAGUCGCCAGACAGGAGAGAAACCCUAUACAUGCUCAGAGUGUGGAAAGAGCUUUAGACAGAAGGGCCAGUUUUCUGUCCACCAGAGAAUCCACACAGGGGAGAAACCGUAUACAUGUUCAGCGUGUGGAAAGAACUUCAAUCGGAACUUUAACCUUACUCUCCAUCAAAGAAUCCAUACAGGAGAGAAACCAUAUACAUGCUCAGAGUGUGGAAAGAGCUUCAGGCAGAAAUACAAACUUGAUGUCCAUCAACGAAACCACACAGGGGAAAAACCAUAUACAUGCUCAGAGUGUGGUAGGAGCUUCAGUCGGAAGGACAAGCUUUCUGCCCAUCAAAGAAUCCACUCAGGGGUUAGGCCAUAUACUUGCUCAGAGUGUGAAAAGUGCUUCUAUGAGAAAGUGCAGCUUUCUGUCCAUCAAAGAAUCCACACAGGAGAAAAACCGUAUACAUGCUCAGAGUGUGGAAAGAGCUUCAGUCGGAAUGGGAGGCUUUCUACCCAUCGGAAAAUCCACACAGGGGAGAAUAUGUACACGUCCUCAAGAGUGCGGAAAGAGCUUCAGUAGGAAGAACUAUCUUUCUGCCCAUCAAAAUAUCAACACAGGGUAGAAACCAUAUACAGUGGUCCCUCAACUUACAAACUACUCGACAUAAGUAUUUUUCGAGUUACAAACGGCAGUUUUAGAUCCGGUUUUAGAUGCGUUUUUUUCGACUUACAAAUUUUUAGAUGGGGUUUCCUAGACUUACGAAUUUUACAUGCGGUUUCCUUGACUUGCCUGCCUGUUUACUGCCUGUUUAUUCUUGAAAAGAAAUGUUCCUGUGCAGUUUGCAAGCCUUACUGGGGGUCUGGGUCUUUUUUCUAGGCUCCGGAACGCAUUAAUCCGUUCCCAAUGCAUUCCUAUGGGAAACCGCUUUUCGACUUACGAAUUUUUCGACUUACAAAUGUGCAUUCGGAACGGAUUAAUUUCGUAAGUAGAGGGACCACUGUACAUGCUCAGAGUGUGGAAACAGCUUCGGCUACAACUAAAACCUUACCUCCCAUUAGGGAUGUGCAUGGAACCGGUUCGGCACUCCCUUCCUGGAGCCUACCUGUCAGCCCACGCCCUGCUACCUGUCAGCUCCCUUCCUGGAACGCUGAACCAGUUCCGUCCACUGGCGUUCAAACCUUUUUGGAGGGCGGGGGUGCCUACCUGUCAGACCUCGCCUUUCCCCCCAGUGGCGGUCUCCAGAAAAGAGUUCCUGCUUGCAGCCCCAGCAGGUAAAGAGCGCCUUCCCUGUCAUUUAAUGCAACCCCACCCCUGUCCUCCCAGGAGUGCACGAAUUGGUUCUCUGCACAUCCCUACUUCCCGGGACAUAAUCCACACAGGGGAGGAAACAUAUACAUGCUCAGAGUGUGGAAAGAGCUUCAGUGGCAACUCAAGCCUUACCUCCCAUUACAAAGUCCACACAGGAGAGAAACCAUCUAAAUGCUAAGAGCAGAGAAAGAGCUUUUUUUAGUGGAGAAAACUUACUUUGCACUUUAAAAAAAAGAAUCCUUACAGAAGAGAAACCAUAUGUUUGUACAAGAAACAGAGCUUCAGGAAGGAAAAGGAAAGGUUGUGCCGUCCAGUCGGUAUUGACUCCUGGUGACCACAGAGCCCUGUGGUUUUCUUGGUAGAAUACAGGUGGGGUUUACCAUUGCCUCCCCACGAGCAGUAUGAGAGGAUGCCUUUCAGCAUCUUCCUAUAUCACUGCUGCCCAAUAUAGGUGUUUCCCAUAUUCUGGGAAACACACCAGCCGGGAUUUGAACCAGCAGCCACCUCCUCUCUAGGCAGGUCACUUCCGCGCUGGCCAAAGGUGUCAGGACCUGACUUCCCACUAAGCUGUGCGACUGCGUGUGUGCUCACAGAGCUCAACCCCUCCCUUCACAGCGAUCACGAACAGCCACUCACUCCAUUCUCUGGAGUGAUAUUAAACAUUAAACAAUAUUUAAAUAUUAAAUAUUAUAUUUAUAUUUUUAUAUUUAAUAUUUAAUAUUAAACAAUAUUUAAUUGUUGUUUUAUGAUGUUUUUAAUUGUUAAUUAUUGUUUUAUGUUUUAUAAUUUUUGUUUUAAUGAUUAAUUGAUUUGAAUGGUGUUUUAAUGUAAACCGCCCUGAGCCUUUUGGAAGGAUGGUAUAAAAGUUAUUAUUAUUAUUAUUAUUAUUAUUAAUAAUAAUAAUAAUAAUAAUAAUAAUAAAUGGGCAGAUGGGCUCCGGGGGUCCCAGCAUGCAUUGCACGGGCUCUGUAGAGUUCCCUCCUCCUUGCUCCGCUCCUUUCAGCAUCUUCCUAUAUCACUGCUGCCCAAUAUAGGUGUUUCCCAUAUUCUCGGAAACCCAAUAUAGGUGUUUCCCAUAUUCUGGGAAACACACCAGCCGGGAUUUGAACCAGCAGCCACCUCCUCUCUAGGCAGGUUACAUCCCCGCUGGGCAAAGCUGUCAGGACCUGACUUCCCACUAAGCUGUGCGGCUGCGUGUGUGCUCACAGAGCUCAACCCCUCCCUUCACAGCGAUCACGAACAGCCACUCACUCCAGUCUCUGGAGGCAAAAGGGCAGAUGGGCUCUGGGGGUCCCAGCAUGCAUUGCACGGGCUCUGUAGAGUUCCCUCCUCCUUGCUCCGCUCCACAGGCCUGAGCUGGGAAGGAAGGCUGCUGGGGACAGGGCAGGCAAGAAGGGAGGACUUGUGGACACCCCUCUCCCUCCCCAACCCUGUCCUUGAGAGGCUGCGGCCUGUAGAGCCUUCCUGAUUGGCUGCUCCAGGCUCCCUGAAGGAGGUCAGCACUGGGAGGACGGGGGAAUUUAAAGAGCAACAUUGGUCUCCAACUUGGUGGGGAAGGAAAGGAGUGUAGCUAGAGGGAGUGUGUGUACAGACCAUGUUCUUUUUCUCUCUGGAAACGGUUAUCCCAAAUGACAGACUAAAGGCUGGUUGAGAGUAGCUUCAAGGGGGCUUACUCCCAAAGUACGUGUGCACAGAACUUUCAGUACCACUACCAUUGGAGUUUCCAGUUCGUAUAUUCAGGGUGAGUUCCUGUAAGUUCCUUUUCUUACAGGAAGCCCUUCACCUACUUGAGUCACCAACAGAAGCUCUCCUCCUAUUGACUCAGGGAAGACUCUUCGAGGCAUUUGAUGUGAAAGGAAGUCCUCCUAUAUCAGUGAAAUCUCCCUUUGAUGAAUUUAGAUGCACCAUUACCUAAAAGCAAGUAUUUCGCUAUAGCCAGGCUGUGUAUUGCAUCCCCCUCCCCCCGUGGGUAUUUAGGUAGUUACAGGCACAGCGGAGCCACUUAAAGGUGCAGCAGGGAAGAAACUUCCGUAGGGAGCAAGAGGUUGCCGGUUCGAAUCCCCACUGGUACCUAUAUUGGGCAGCAGCAAUAUAGGAAGAUGCUGAAAAGCAUCAUCUCAUACUGCACGGGCAAUGGAAAACCCUUCCUGUAUUCCACCAAAGACAACCGCAGGGCUCUGUGGCCACCAGGAGUCGACACUGACUCGACGGCACACUUUACUUUACAGGUACAGCAGAAGAGUUUGCAGAUCAGUGUUCUUUCCACUUUUGCAUUUCCCUCUCUCUCCUGUCUAUAAUGAAUCUUUUCACCAAAAAUUCUACUAUUCGCAAGCCAUCACCUGAAAUAUCUGAGCCAUUUUGUGGAUAUGAGGAGAUCCUGCCUCACUGCAGGGAUUCCUGAAACCUUCAGAUCCCAUCCAGGAUUCUGUGCAAUGAAGUAUGCUGGGUGGGGCUUUAACCUCAAGUGUGUGGAGCACAAAGUGUAGCACCAUCGUAAACUCAGUCAGCGCACUGCUGCCCAUGAAUGAUCCAGUCUUUUUCCAGCCAGUAUUACUGUUUUUAAACAGAAGUGUAGUUUGCACUUUUAAACAACUGUUUGUUUAGGUAUUGUUCAGGUCAUUGUGAUGCUAAACUAAAUGCAUGACAUUCUUAGCUAAGUGUAUACAAUCUCAAUGUAGGACAUUCUUAUCUGCCAAACCUUUUUUAAAGGCCUUGUUACAGA